GAGAGAGAGAGAGAGAGAGAGAGAUAGGGCGACUGCCGGCCGCUUAUAAUACAAGGGAGAUGUCGAGCUCGUCGGGCAGGGCCGUUGAGCGCCGCCGAGGUUGAAAGGGACGCCAAGCCGACAUCGGACACGAGCUCGGGCCUCGCUUCCUGCUUCUUGGGCUGAAGGCUUUUGAGGGCCGCGUUCGACAUGAGGCCCCGGGCGAGUCGGAGCUACACCGCCCCAGCGAUAUUUGCUCUUGCUUUUUAUAGCCAUCUACUUGUCACCGCUGACAGCAACGGCAACAAAUCCGAUGUGACGUCUAACGUACGGCCUAAUGGCAAAGAGUUGCUGGAAAUAAUUGUUUCGCAAGAUCCAAAGGGCAUCGAGGCUGGCAGCACACCCCAUCUUAUAUGUAAAGCAUUUGAGCCAGUGUCCAGCAUCUGGUGGACUUACGAUAAUAAAAACCUAACUUCUGUUAAAGAGAACGAUUAUCUUCAAAGAUUCGAUCUGAAGAAAGCCACCAGAGAGGACAGUGGCAAUUAUACGUGUCACGUUCACAUCUCCAAUAGUGUAGUUAAAAAAACUAUUCAUAUAAGAGUUAUAGAACCAGCUAGAGUAGCGAUUAGUGAAAAUAUUAGAGUUAAGGCAUUGAAUGCGGUUAAUUUGACGUGUGAUUUUUAUGGCGAUCCAUUAUCUAACUACAGUUGGGCAAAGAGCAAUGACUCGGAUAACUUAGAGCGUCUUAAAAAUAUGACAAACUGGAUGCAGACAAAUGAAACUAAUGUUUCAUUAAUGCUUGCGAUUAAGAGCGCUACACGCAAAGAUAACGGGACAUAUACUUGCAGUGCUCGCGACUUCUAUGGUGUUGUUACAGCCGAGAGACAUCUUUUUGUUAUCGACGUCCCUCUGAUUAGCAUUGACUUUUUAAAGACUGUUGGCGCUGGUAGUAUAUUUUUGAAUUGGACCGUUAAUAAUGGCAACGAGCCAAUAGAGACUUACUUCAUUCAGUAUAUGAAAAAUGGUACAGAUUCUUGGCAAUAUAAUUCCGAAUUAAUAAAUGGAGGGAAUUCAAGCUUUGUUUUGAAAGGAUUAGAUAAGGGAGCUGCUUAUCAGAUUGGUAUUACGGCAAAAAAUAAAGUUGGAAAAUCACACGUUCAAAUAGAUCAAAGAUGGAUUACAACGCUUGAAAAAGAUCCUAUAUUUAUACCCAAAUUAAAUGUUAAUGGUAUGACGUCCAGUACAGUCACAAUAGCAUGGAAUAAUCCUCCACCUGAUCUUCGAGAACACAUUCAUUAUUAUAUUAUAGUUGCGAGCCACGAGGCUCAAACAAGAGAAGCUGUCGUUCCAGUUCAGCAAAGCCAAUUAUAUUUAUUUGAAUAUCUGGAGACGGCAACAACUUAUAAAUUUAAAAUUGCAGCGUGUAACGAAUAUACACGUCAAUGUGGUAAUUGGAGUAAAGAAGUCGAAGCCGAAACUUUAGAUGGAGUUCCUAAUGCGCCUCAAAAUCUGUCUGUGUCGUGUCGUUUUGAUAAUAUAAGUAGAACCAGUCUUAUGUCGAUAAAUUGGGUGGCUCCUCAAAAACGUACUGGCAUUAUUCUCCAAUACAAAAUUGAAAUUAAUGGCAAAGCAACGUUUAAAGAUGAAAGUGGUCGAAUGAAGAAUGAGCGACUGAAUCCAUUUAUAGACCAUGUAGAUUUUCAAUACAAUACAUUUCGUAAAAAUCAAUUGCCACCAAAUACUAAUUAUACAAUUCGUGUAUCUUGUCAAACGCGUCAGCGAUUUUACGGGGACGAGGCCAUAGCGAACUGCACAAUGCCAGUAACUGUACCAGAUCGUGAAAAUUUGAAUGCAAGGUCGUGGCACAAAAUUGAAAGCCAGGGAAGACAAUUAUUUAAGAUUUAUUUGCCACGAAUCACAGAAAGAAACGGACCCAUUUGUUGUUAUAAAAUUUUUAUUAUAAAACUCGCUCCUCAAAAAACUUUGGUCGACUUACCACCACCCGAAGAAAUUUCUGUAUUUUCCUAUCAGUACGUUUAUUCUUCGACGUUAGGUGGAGCAUAUCUUGCAGAAAUGUUCGAUAGUAAUCAUCUACCUCCUGAAGUAUUUAUCGGUAAUGGCGAAAGCCAUAAUGGAAGCAUCGCCUGCGAACAAUGUAUUGGCUUAAGACAGAAGUCUAUACCAACGUUAUUGCAUUUUAUACCAGAGGUUAGUUAUUUAUUUUGGUAUUUAGUUUUAAAGAUAAUUAUUAAUAAUUAUACAAUUAUUUCAUUGUUGAUUUUUGUUUUUUUGGUCAUUGUUUUUUUGUUUUUUUCUUACAUACAGAAUCCAACCCAAGCUGCUACGAAUAUAGGUAUGAGCACGCAAACCUCAGAAGUCACGCCCCAGUCAAACAUUAUUAAUAUUACCAAAUUUGACAAUUCUACAUUUACCACAUCCACCCCUACUAUCAAUCAGACGGAAACAUCGCGAAGGAGGAGGGAAGAUAUUACCGUUGCUAAAAAUGAUUAUGAUAGUUUAUCUAUUUCUGCAUACGAUGGUUAUUUGGAUGAGAAAGCUAAUUAUACGGCAUUUGUUGAGGUUAUCGUUUAUGGAUCUGUCAAAGGUCAGUUUCUUGCAGCAUACAGUAGUUACUUGCCACCGCUAUACGGAGGCGUUGAUCCCAAAUUAGUGAUUGUCGAAGACAUGACAACACUUGCUGUUAUUUUACAAAUAUCCCUCGUUCUUAUUUUAGUCAUUAUAAUUCUUCUAAUUACAUUGUGUGUAUUGCAUCGUUAUUCAAAACGUGUGCAACAACGCGGCGAGGAAAUUAUAACACUUAGGAACAGUUUUCGGCAUUUGUGUCAAAGCUUAAGAGGCCGGCAUCAAUUAGUUGCUGCAACUCCACCCGAUAUGCCACCUAUUCCAAAAAGCGAAUUGCUGCAAUCUUACCUCGAACGCCAUAGGGACUCGGAUUAUGGUUUUCAACAUGAAUUUGAAUUAUUACCCGAUAGAUUUACCGAUCGAACGACCCGAGCUUCCGAGGCCCGGGAAAACAUUUACAAAAAUCGCUACCCCGACAUUAAAUGUUACGAUCAAACUCGCGUUCGCCUCGCCCAAAUGGACGGAAUUUGUGGAUCGGAUUACAUAAAUGCAAACUUUGUGCUUGGCUAUAAGGAGCGAAAAAAGUUCAUUUGUGCUCAGGGCCCAAUGGAAAAUACGGUUUGCGAUUACUGGAGGAUGAUAUGGGAACAGCAUUUGGAACUGGUCCUUAUGCUAACAAACUUAGAAGAGUAUUCGAAAACAAAGUGCGCCAAAUAUUGGCCAGACAAAGGCGAAACGAAAAACUUUGGUGAUAUAACUGUUGAACACGUUGGCGAAUAUCAAUACUCGGAUUACGUUGUACGAGAGCUGAAGAUGACGCGAACUGGAGAACGGGACACGCGAAAAAUUGUGCAGUAUCACUUUUUGGUUUGGAAAGACUUUAUGGCCCCGGAACAUCCCCAUGCCAUUUUAAGGUUUGUAAAGCGAGUAAACGAAGCCUACUCCCUAGAAAAGGGGCCUAUUUUGGUCCAUUGCAGCGCGGGCGUUGGAAGAACUGGAACUUUGGUAGCCCUCGAUUCAUUGAUGCAGCAGUUAGCCGAAGAGGGACAAGUAUCGAUAUUUAACACCGUGUGCGACUUGAGACAUCAGAGAAAUUUCCUAGUACAGUCAUUGAAGCAAUAUAUUUUUAUAUAUCGAUCUCUCAUGGAAAUGGGCCAGUAUGGCGAUACUGAAAUAGCAGCACCCCAACUUAAAGCAGCUGUUGAAAAGCUUCGUCAAAGAGAAAAUGGCAAAGAAAAAUGCCGUAUGGAAGAAGAAUACGAUAAAAUCACUGCUGUAUUAGAAGAUCGAAAAUCAUUUUCAGUAGGAGGUGGGGAGGAAAAUAGAAACAAAAAUAGAAGCGAGUUGGUGAUACCUUAUGAUAGAAAUCGAGUUAUUCUCACACCGAUACCUGGCAAGGAACAUUCUACGUACAUCAAUGCCUCCUUCAUCGAAGGCUAUGAUAAUUCAGAAUCCUUUAUUAUAACGCAAGAUCCUCUUGAGUCUACUAUUGCUGAUUUUUGGAGAAUGAUCUCUGAGCAGUGCAUAUCCACGAUUGUCAUGCUCUCGGAUCUCGCAGAAGGGCCACGAAAAUGUCCACGCUACUGGCCGGAUGACGAAGUCUCAUACGAUCACAUUCGCGUUCGUUAUAUUCAGAGCGAAAGCUGUCCAUACUUCACACGUCGAGAAUUGUGUGUGUCCAACACGAAGGUUGAUGAAAAUAUAGUAGUUACCCAAUAUCAGUACCACGGCUGGCCGACAGUAGAAGGCGAAGUACCAGAAGUCACUAGAGGUCUCAUCGAACUUAUAGAUCAGACCCAAACUAAUAAUACAGAGUCGAGCGGACCACUUGCCAUUCAUUGUAAUCACGGCUCGGACAGAAGCUCGAUGUUUGUCAUUUUAAGUAUUCUUGUGCAACAGUUGCGUAUUGAAAAAAGAAUCGACAUUUUUACUACGGUUAAGAAAUUGCGAUCGCAGAGGCAUGGAAUGAUUAGUACCUUUCCUCAAUAUGAGUUUUUGCAUCGAGGAAUCGUUAAUUAUUUAGAUUUGCACAAUCUUGGGGAAGGAAACGAAUUAGAGUCAUAAUACGACGAAUCCAUUAAUAAUAAUUAGAUUUCUCUACAACAAACAUCUAGCCGUGAAUCGCUAAAAAGUGCGGACCAGUAGAGUUUGUUGUUUUAUAAGAAAGUUGCUUUAUAAUACUUUGCUUCAUGUACAAUAAGCGCAAAGUAGAUAGAUCCCAGCUAACCCAUGUCUAAUUUGUGUCGGAACACUGUCAACUAUUACAAGAAGCAGAUCAACUAC